AUGCAAAGCUCUGUCGUCAAAGUCUGCAAAAUGUCUGAGGAUCUAAAUAAAAUGUUAUAUAAGAAAAGUUUGGAAAAUAAAAAAAUAUUAAAACCAUUGGUAUGGAUUUCAUUGUCCGUUGGUUGCAACAUUAAAUAUGCAGCGCAAUUUAAAGAUCCAGUGAAGCUAAUAAGUUUAACCUUGUUCAUAUUAUCAUUUCUUGGUUUGGGCGGCCAAUACUAUUACAUUUAUGAGAAUCGUUCUAAAUCUAUACUGGUAUACACAGAUGCCAUUUGUACAUCCUUUCAAACAUGGAUUUCAUUUAGCAAAUUAUUUCAUUUUGUUUUUAAUCAACACAAAUUUUACAAACUGGUGCAAAUUGCACAAAAUUCGGAAAUUUUACAAAAUAUGGAGAUAUUUAAACUGAAUAUUUUCAACAAAAAACGAAUAACCCGAGAGAUUCAGUCAAUUCUUCAAGACUCGUGGCUGGAUAUUAAACGUCAAUUAAAUUUCUAUACGAUCAGUGUAUUUGGCAUUGUGGGCUGGUAUUAUUUCAGUUGUUUAGCUGUUAAUAUCUACAAUACAUAUACCCAUUCAAGUCCCACAGAAUUUGAAUUAUUAUUUCCAUUUCAAGCCUCAUUUCCUAUGUGGCGUGAUAAAGGCAUAAAAUUCCCAUAUUAUUUUAUAACAUAUAUAAUAAGCGGCUCUGAAACUCAUAUAUCGGGAAUGUCUGCUGUAAGCUUUGCCGGUUUUUACAUUGUCACCUGUUUGCAUGCCUUGGCUUUGUUGAAAAUUCUACGCCGACUUAUUGCUUAUUCGACCACCGAAAAUGUUUUACCUCAAGAACGUGCUAAAUUCAUAUUGGCCUGGGCUAAAUUACAUCAGCAGAUCUAUGAAUAUUUCUACCAGAUAAAUUCUUUAUAUUAUAUACACAGUGUACCCCUUUUUCUUGUCAGUAUGUUGGUAAUAUGUUUGUUAAUAUUUCAGGGCAGUGUUGGAUUGGGUUCUGAUGUUGAUGUUGUUAUAAAAAUGUUUCUUUAUUUUUCUGCUGCUGGUUUUGAGGUGUCGAUGUUUUGCUUUAAUGGCCAACGUUUAACAUCUGAGAGUGAACGACUGCCUGUAGCUCUAUACAACAGUAAAUGGUAUGAAGAAAAUGCUGAAUUUAAAUUCAUUACACGCAUGAUGUUAAUGAGAACCAAUCGUACAAUUGCCAUGCAAGUGGGGGGCUUCACCACAAUGUCUCUGGUCACUCUCUUGGGGAUAUUGCGUUCCAGUUUUUCGUAUUGCCUGUUGCUGCGUGAAUUCAACACCUAAUAAAAAAAUGGCCUACCUAAAGUUUUAAAUGAAUACAGAACAAAUUUCAAAAAUACAUCAAAAAAUUUAUUUUAAAAAAAUCUUUUAUCAUACUUAAACGAGAAAUUUCCUUUUAAAAUUACAUAAUUUGCAAAAUGUUCAGGAAAUUUUCGAAUUAUUUAAAUUUAAAUAUUGGCACAUAAACGUACAUUACAAAAAAAUAAAUGACACAUUGUUCAGGUGAAACUAAGUAUUUAUGUAUAUCGAGUUCGAAAUAAUGUGUUGUAGAUUUAGAAUUGUAGUGUAUUUAAUUAACAAAAAAUAAAGUAGAAAAUGCAUGAAAGUAAA